UUUCUUCAGAGUUAAACAAGCUGUAGUAAAAAACGGUUUAUAUGUUCAUACACGGACAUCUCCAAUAACUUAUUGCUUUUCAUUAUCUGCUUUUAAAAAUUAAGAAAAAAUGAAUUGCACAUACUUUUAUAUUGACAAUCUACGUCAUCAUAUAUUAUACAUAAAAGUGCAAAAUGCUGUUAUGAUUACUAUGGUAGUUAUUGGAAUCAUAUUUAAUCUAUUUACAAUAGCUGUUACAUUAAAAAACAGAGAAGCAUGUCAUUGUUCUACGGCCAGGUUGUUUCUAUCAAGUUAUGUUGGAAACGUAUGUGGAUUAAUUUCAAUGGCACUUAGCGGUGUAUAUGACCUUAAAAAAGGGAUUCCAAAUAUGAGUUGUCAACAUGCAACCGACUAUCAUUUUUUACUUUAUAUUGGAUUCACCGUCAAUAUGACUAUUCUUGUAAAUUCAACAUAUGAUCGGUACCAAGGGGUUUCUAAUACAAAAAAAAAUAUCGUUCGAAUAGAAAGCAGUAAAAAAUUAUUUUUUCGAUAUGCGCUACCUUCAUGGAUUUUUUCAGCUCUCAUUUCUUUGCUUUUCACAGUACUAAUGCGUUUCAAAAUUUUGUAUUUUGAUCGAAACAUUGUGUGCGCUAUAAUAGGUAUUACUCCAAUGUUGGCUUGCAUAGGAUUAAACAUACAUCUUAAAUUUUUCCUAAUUAAAAUGAUGAAAAACGCACAAGUAACUAAAAAAAACGAUUCAUUGAAAAAUAUUUCAGUUGCUAUAUCAAUGCUUCGAUUAACGACAGUGUGUCAUUGCAUCUAUCUUGUUGCUGGUUUUGUUGUCUUAUACUUCCAAAGAAAGUAUGCUAACAACACAAUAGUAUAUUUAAUAUUAGAAUGGAUAUCUCGGAUGCUGUACGAUCUUAUGUUUACAAUCGAAGCAAAAGCAUUUUUUAUUAAACAUCCAGCGGUUAGAAAAGAUAUAUGUAAAUUUUUCAAACGACUUUGCUUCAAAAAAGAAACAUAUAACUCCGUUAAUUUAAAGGCGAAAGAAAGUUUUACAUCAUCAUUUUAUGUCAGCUAAGAAUCUAAUAAGUCACGUGGCUUCAAAUUUAAAACUUUGUUGGCUGCAUUAAACCAAUAACUUUAAUAUGUCGGCUAAUAACCCAUGAAUAAGAAAGAUUUCUUUGUUGUAUUAUUUUUACUAUUUUAUUAUUUAUUAGUUGUGUAAUUUGGUGAAAUCUAAGCAAUCAGAGGUCUAGCUAUUUAUUUAUUUUUUUAAAUUACUUCACUAUUAAUACUUUAUUU